AGUAGUUGCUUACAUUAGAGCACGUCAUUUACUGCUAGUAGUUUCCGAACAACACAUAGCGAAACCUUGCGCUCUUCACGCGCAUUCCGUCGCCAUGGCAAAGAACAUUCUUAUCGUGUGCACGUCCUGGGACAAGCUAGGAGACACUGAUGAGCCAACUGGAUGCUGGGCUGAGGAGGUUGUUGCGCCUUACCAUGUGUUCAAGCGCCAGGGCUACAAUGUUGUUAUCGCUUCCAUUAAGGGCGGCGAGAUUCCCAUGGAUGACGCGAGCCUGAACCCGCCGUACCUCACUAAGGAGGUGGAGGACUUCCUUCUAGAUGAUGACGCCAUGAAGGGUGUGAUGGAGUCGCUCCCCCUCAGCGACGUGCGGGCAGCCGACUUCGACGCCGUGUUCCUGCCCGGGGGACAUGGGGCGUGCUGGGACUUCCCGGACAACGCGGCGCUCCAGUCGCUGCUGGGGGAGUUCGUGGCGGCGGGCAAGGUGGUGGCGGCGGUGUGCCACGGACCCGUGGGUCUCGUCAACAUCAAGGGACCCGACGGACAGCCGCUGGUGGCAGGGAAGAAGGUGACCGGUUUCAGCGACGCGGAGGAGUUCGCUGUUGCCAAGGAGGGGGUGGUGCCCUUCCUGCUGGAGGCGCGGCUGCGGCAGCUGGGUGGGCGGUACGAGGCGGCAGCGGAGAAGUGGGCGCCGCAUGCAGUGCGGGAUGGGAACCUGGUGACAGGUCAGAACCCCGCCAGCUCCGCCGCUACCGCCCAGCUGGUGGUGCAAGCGCUCAGCUGACCCUGGGGGGAGGAGGGGG